AUGCAUUUCGAGGAGGCAUACCCAAACAAGCCGCCGGGCGUCAAGUUUAUUAGCCAGAUGUUCCAUCCCAACGUAUACGGGACUGGCGAGCUGUGUCUGGACAUUCUGCAAAACCGGUGGUCGCCCACGUACGACGUGGCAGCCAUCCUGACCAGUAUUCAGAGUCUGUUAAACGACCCGAACACCUCGUCUCCCGCCAAUGUCGAAGCAUCGAACCUGUACAAAGAGAACCGCAAGGAGUACACCAAGCGCGUGCGUGAGACAGUGGAGAAGAGCUGGGAGGACUGA